AUGAAUAAUUCAUGCUUUUUGCGACUUGCAAAUGAGAUGAAAAUAAGAGGACUACUGAAUGAUUCCAGAAUGGUUAGUGUUGAGGAACAACUAGCAAUUUUUAUAUUUACAUUAGCUCAUAAUGAGCGGAAUAGAGUAGUACAAAAUCGUUUUCAACAUCCUGGAGAAACUAUCAGUCGUCAUUUUAACAAAUAUUUGCAAGCAUGUGUAAGACUAGAAAAACUUUAUCUCACUCUAGCAGGUAGAGGUGUUCGACAAGAGAUAUCCUCCAAUCAAUUAUUUUAUCCUUGGUUUAAGGAUUGUGUUGGAGCAAUAGAUGGAACUCAUAUCCCUGCAUGGGUUCCAGUAGGAGAUCAACAAGGAUAUAGAAAUCGUAAAGGGUUUCUUUCCCAAAAUGUUCUUGCUGUGGUUGUUUUUGAUAUGAAUUUUCAAUAUGUGUUAGCUGGUUGGGAGGGAUCUGCCUCUGAUUCAAGAGUCUUAAGAAAUGCUAUUUGGGAAAGACAACAAAAUAAGCUAAAAGUUCCAAAUGGAAAAUAUUAUGUGGUUGAUGCAGGCUAUGCAAAUACAAAAGGUUUUCUAGCACCAUAUCAUGGAACACGAUAUCAUUUGAGAGAGUGGAGUCAAACACAAGCACCACAGACAGCUCGUGAAUUGUUCAAUUUAAGGCAUUUAAAGCUUCGAAAUGUGGUUGAAAGGACAUUUGCUUGGAAUUGGGAUGAUGAAUUUUUCGAAGAGGAUAUGGAAAAUGAAAUAGAAAAUUGUGAAAGUUUGAACAAUAUUGAUUUUGAUUCAGACUCAGAUGAAGAACUUGGUGACGGGCCAACAGAUGAUGACAAGCAAUAUAUGUUUAAUUUUAGAGAUAGAAUAGCUCAAAAUAUAUGGAACCCGAGAGCAAUUAGAUAG